CUCGUCUAUUUUACUCGAUCUCUCUCGCUCGGCAUUUUCGGUAUUAAGAAAAAAAAGUGUGAAUAUUUUAUCUUAUGUGAAUUAUCUCACUUAAUUCAAUCAAAAUAAAAAAAAUUGUUGUUUUUGAUUCUUUAUUGAGUAAUGCGAGAAUUAUUGUGCUGAUUAAAAAUUGUACAAGAAACUGAUAAGAAAUGUGAAUGUUAAGUUAUACUGUGUGUCUAUAGAAACUAAAAUACAAAUGGAUUAAGUGAAUAUUGUCAAGAAUUAUUGGACUGUGUAUCACCCAGGCUGAAGAAGAAUUAAAAAAAUAUUUUUUUGAACUUCAAGUUUUCUUCUAAAAAAAGAAAGAACUGUGAGAGUUCAAGGACUUAUAAGAGAAAAAAAAGUUAAGCAAGAGAAAGAAGAAAAAUGUUGAUUUCAGUGAAAAGUAUUUUGAUAUUUUGCAUAUUCAUAACUUAUGGAUUUAAUCUUGCAUCAUCUGCUUCACAACAGAUUUCAGAGUGCACAGCAAAAGGCGGUGAAUGUGAUGAGUCAAAAAAUCGUCCAGUAUGUGGAUCAGAUGGACAAACAUAUCCAUCAAGAUGCCAUUUGAUUCGUGCACAAUGCAAUGGUUAUGAAGUAACGUUUAAACAUCGUGGUAGAUGUAAAGAUGCAUGUGUUGCAUCUCGUUCCUAUGCCCUUUCGCAACGACCCAAAACUAAAGUAAACUUUGUUCCAAAAUGUCGUGAAGAUGGAUCAUAUGCUCCUAUACAAUGCAUUGAAAAUAAUGGAUGUUGGUGUGUCAAUGGACAAGGCAAGCCAAUACAGAAAACACACACGAAGCAUGGACGACCUAAUUGUGCAGGAAAGGGAAAUCAGAAAAGAUCAUCUGGAGCCAACAAUAAUGCACCGAGAAAAAAAUGCUCGCCAAAUGAUCGAGUCACAUUUAAUACAGCCUUGACUAAUAUCUUCCAUACUGAAUAUUCAAAAUCACGAACGGGUAUCGAGAUGGGCGAUCAUCAAGUUGUUGAGUGGAAAUUUAAGUUAUUGGAUCUCAAUAAAAAUGGAAUUUUAGAGAAGAAUGAGUAUCAAGGGCUCAAGAAGAUCGCAAAGACUGUUGUCAGGCCAAAGAGAUGCGGCCGACGAUUUGGUAAAUACUGUGACACAAACAAAGACCUUUCAAUAAGUCGGGAAGAAUUUCAUCAGUGCUUGAGCAAAGAUUUACAGAGACGGCUGCGUGGAAAAACAACUUUAAAUUUACAAAAUGAGUCUGAUGGAGGCAGCAGAGACCAUGAUGAUGACAAUAAUGAUUGUAUUAAGGAUAGAAAAAUUGCCUUAGAGGAUAAAAGUGAUACCCUCUUUCUGCCUGAAUGCACUCCCGAUGGUCGUUAUCAAAGAGUACAAUGUUAUCGCAGUACAGGAUAUUGCUGGUGUGUGAACGAAGAUACAGGAAAGCCAAUAGCAGGAACAUCAAUGAAAGACAAGCGUCCACAAUGUGAUUCUCACGUGCCAACAAGAGCAAUGGCUGGAUGUCCACAAAAGAAUGAAUUCCUCAAAGAUUUGAAAGAAUUUUUCAAGACACAAAUCACAUCAAGUGGUAAUCUUGGAGCUGAUAAUACGAAAUGGGGCACAGAGGAUGAGAAGAUAGCAACAUUAAGUUUUGUAUUAUUGGACAAAAAUAAGAAUAAAGUUUGGGAACGAAGAGAAUGGAAGACAUUCAGAGAACUUGUGACAGCUACAAAAAAACUUCGUCGGUGUGGAAAGAAAAUGCCAAGGUAUUGCGACGUCAAUAAUGAUAAGAAGAUAACUUUAUCAGAGUGGCUGAAUUGUCUUCAGACGCAGCGCGUACAAAGUGAACAAGUGAAGACGCAACAAAGUGAGCCUAAACCAACGACACAAUCGAAACUUAAAGGCGUGAAUCCCCUCGAAUAUAUUUUGAAAGCAGAUUAAUUUAUUUAUGAAUUUUAUACGUUUUUUUAUGUCUGUGCCAUUUUUAUAUGUAUUUAAUUUUUUUAAAUAGCCAUCCAUUUGCGAUUCAUUUAUUAUUAUUUUUUUUUGAAUAUUAAUUUUAAUGAACUAUUAAUUAUAAGCAGUAUUAAAGAUUUGAACGAGUUAUUUAAUUACUUCUAUAAUUAUCUCCUCCUUUUGAUCGAUAAAUUGAUAGAUAAGUGCAUGUAAAUGUAAUGAUUGUACAUAAUAAUGAGUAAUUAUCCCUUUCUCAAGUUCUUCUUUCCACUAUCUUCAUCAGAUAAUUAAUAUCGACAUAAAUAUUGUGUAUUACACACUCACAUUCAAUUUGCAUACUGACUUUGAAUUUUAAAAAAUGAGAAAAAUAAAAAGUAUACAAAAU